AUGCGGUCUCUUUAUGAUUUGCUUUUUGUGGAGCGUUACCGAGAGGGACGGAGGCAAGCUUUGGGGCGGUCGAAAAUGGCCGACAUUUUCUACUAUAGUGGAGUUUAUGAUUAUCGCAUACUUCGCUAUAUGAUCAACUUUCCGAUUGGUUUCGUUAUCUCCUACUUUCUCUAUGCACUUGCAUGGAAUCGUGUUAAUUUUGCCGAUUUUGACCCUCUCUACGAGCAGUUGUUCAAGUGGAUCAUCAUUAUGACAAGUUCGGUGACGUUUGCCAUAAGCCCGGUAUACCGAUGUGCAAUUGUAUGUGUCCUAUUCGGAUCGCUAGGCAAGAAUGGUCAAGGCUUAUUGUCUGUUCACGUGUUCACAAAUCUUCACGAUGGACCAAUCAAAAAUAUUAUGACUAAUUUCAACCUCUCAUCAUAUAUUAUCACGUGUCACCUCAAGCUCAAAGAACAACUGGCCACUGAAAGGAUCGUCAUGUCAACCGGACCGAUUGAAGCUUUUCUUGCUGACAAAUUCGGUAAGUCGACAACGAAAGGUCGUAAGAUGGUGCACAUGCUGAAAGCACUCGUCGAUCCGAUCGCAUACGAUAUGACGUUGAGUGAUGAAGAUAAGGCGAUUGCAGCUACCAUUGAUAACGCUGAGGUGUUGAAAACAAGAGAUGUAAUGCUCAAUGAGAAAAAAGAUAGCAUUUCGAAUGAGGACGUCAAACCGGUUUGGAAUAAACUUAAAUCAAAGACGGCCAAAUUGCAAACAAUGCGUUUGUAUCUUCAAUGUAACGAAGUGUUCGAUAAAGGCAUCAAGAAAUGUCACGACAAAUUUCGAGAUAUGAAGAGUAAAUGUUAUAAUAUGCUAUGGUUCUUACCGUUUUUGAACAGAGUGGUCUGUGGAAAAUUCGAUGUUCUGCACAUUUGUCAAGCAUCCGAAAAGCAUCAAGAAGCAACACGAUUCUGCAACGAAAUGAUGCAGGGGGCGUUGCAAAGAUCAAAAAGCAUCGAUACAGAUACGGACCAGAUGAACAAUAUCACUGAAGAGGUGCUGGAUCACCUCAGAGUGAAUAUGCAUUAUAAGGCUAUUGUUGAACCAAGAAUUACGCGCGCCUAUCGUGUCAAACAAGUUUAUUACAGAAUAUCGCAAAGAUUCCACAUAAUAAAGGUUGUUUUCAAAACGCUGAAAAGUCUUCUCGGUUGUCUGUUCAUCUUUUUACUCUAUACACUCUUUCGUGAUUCGAUUCAAAUGAUUCGAAAUUAUUUGAAUAAUAUCGAUUUCAAAAAUGUUUUCCUUAAUUCCUAUUUCUGGCGCAUCGACGAAAAACGUCAAGAAAAUGGUCAAGUCUUCUUGAAUCCGUUAUCGAGAGCUGAAUGGAAAGCUAAUCGAUUAAUGAAACCAUUCUCACCUCCAACGAGUGAUGAGAUCGAAGCAUCAUGGCAGCCGUUGGCUAGAUUUUGCAUAGCAUCCGUUGUUUGUUUAUUGGUCAUGAUGGUUGAUUAUUUCUUUUAUGCAAUCACAAAUGAGGUGAUACGAUUCACUGCCACAUCAGUUACCAGUGGAGGAAAGCAAAGUUUUCAUCUUGACAUAAAAGGCGUUGGAUUUGUGGCUGAUUUGGUAAGAGAUAUGGUAAAUCAUGACUUUGAUCAAAACGUCAACUUGACGAUUCCAUCAGAACAAUGCCGUUUAGAGCCAUCGCCGCCUGACUGGUUGUUCAGUUGGAUUCACAUUAUACUUCCGUUAUUGUUGAUGCUUAUUUUGCAGGUGAUAUUCGGCUAUUUUAUAAAACGCCUAAUACUGUUCUAUGUAAUCGGUGGCAUAUUCCGUAAGCGCAACAAAACGAGAACUAUUCAGCUCUACAAUAAACUCUUGUUUGCACGGGUUAACGGCAGACGAUUGGCGAGAGCACGCAUUCGCUAUCAAGUGGAACGUCAUCUACUGCAGCACGAAGCAAUCGCGCAGCAAGGGUCCAAUAAUAUAGCUUGUUCACCGAUUAUGAAUUAA